AUUACAAACCAGCAGAAAGGUCUGAGGUGUGCGCGGCUCCUGGAAUCGCUGGCAAGGACGGCAGCGCGUGGCUCCAUGCUUUUACUUUGGGCUGAAUCGCAGGCUGCCUUUUUUAUCUGAUUUCGUUUCGCCAGAGCCAGGCAAGCAUUUGAAACGAGAUUGGAGCACUCGAUAGUUGCAUGUAGUGGAGCAGGGGAAAAACCCUCGUGGUGCUUUAAGUUUGAAUCCGUUACAGACAACUCACCGCCAACCCACACUGCUGGAUUUUGAACCGAAGCUGUUAUUUACUUAGGGCUCAGUGAGAGCAUUUUCUUUGGGGACUGAAGCCAAACUACUGAGGAAACUGGGAUUUACGUGGAUGUCUGGUAGAGAAACCUGUGGUUCCUUUAUGCUGCAGUUCAUCGUAUCCCUGUGUUACCUGUAAAUGGAAUUACAAAAAUCAACCAGUAUGCCUGGGCCGUUGUCCCCAGGUUAUGCAGCUCAGGUGCCGUAUAACUAUAACCAGUUAGAAGGAAGAUUCAAGCAGCUACAAGAUGAGCGUGAGGCAGUUCAGAAGAAGACCUUCACAAAGUGGGUUAAUUCCCACUUGGCACGUGUGUCAUGCAGGAUUACAGAUCUGUACACUGACCUUCGUGAUGGAAGGAUGCUCAUCAAACUUCUGGAAGUUCUUUCAGGGGAGAGACUUCCUAAACCAACUAAGGGAAGGAUGCGCAUCCAUUGCCUGGAGAAUGUUGAUAAAGCUCUCCAGUUCCUGAAAGAGCAAAGAGUGCACCUGGAAAACAUGGGAUCUCAUGAUAUUGUGGAUGGGAAUCACAGGCUGACACUUGGCCUUAUUUGGACUAUUAUCCUAAGAUUCCAGAUCCAAGAUAUCAGUGUCGAAACUGAGGACAAUAAGGAAAAGAAAUCUGCUAAAGAUGCUUUGCUUUUGUGGUGCCAGAUGAAGACAGCUGGUUACCCCAAUGUCAACAUUCACAACUUCACAACAAGCUGGAGGGAUGGGAUGGCUUUCAAUGCACUAAUACACAAGCACAGGCCUGAUCUGAUUGAUUUUGACAAGCUGAAGAAAUCAAAUGCACACUACAAUCUGCAGAAUGCUUUUAACCUAGCAGAGCAACACCUUGGUCUUACUAAGCUCCUGGACCCCGAGGAUAUCAGUGUUGAUCAUCCCGACGAGAAGUCAAUCAUCACCUAUGUGGUGACAUACUACCACUACUUCUCCAAGAUGAAAGCUUUAGCUGUUGAAGGAAAACGCAUUGGAAAGGUGCUUGACAAUGCCAUCGAAACAGAGAAGAUGAUUGAAAAAUAUGAAUCGCUGGCUUCUGACCUUCUUGAGUGGAUUGAGCAAACCAUUAUCAUCCUCAACAAUCGCAAAUUUGCCAACUCCCUAGUUGGUGUGCAGCAGCAGCUACAGGCAUUCAACACUUACCGCACAGUAGAGAAACCACCCAAAUUUACAGAAAAAGGAAACCUGGAAGUGCUGCUUUUUACUAUCCAAAGCAAAAUGAGAGCCAACAAUCAGAAAGUAUACAUGCCAAGGGAGGGCAAACUCAUCUCUGACAUUAACAAGGCCUGGGAAAGACUGGAAAAAGCUGAACAUGAAAGAGAACUGGCACUGCGAAAUGAGCUCAUCAGACAAGAGAAACUGGAACAACUUGCACGCAGAUUUGAUCGCAAGGCAGCUAUGAGAGAAACUUGGCUGAGUGAAAAUCAACGUCUUGUUUCUCAGGAUAAUUUUGGCUUUGACCUCCCAGCAGUAGAGGCUGCAACAAAGAAACAUGAGGCCAUUGAAACAGACAUUGCAGCAUAUGAAGAGCGAGUCCAGGCUGUGGUUGCAGUGGCAAAGGAGCUUGAGACUGAAAAUUACCAUGAUAUCAAACGUAUAACUGCAAGAAAGGACAACGUUAUUCGCCUGUGGGAGUAUCUCCUGGAGCUGCUCAGGGCACGGAGACAGCGGCUGGAGAUGAAUCUUGGUCUGCAAAAGAUUUUCCAGGAAAUGCUAUACAUUAUGGACUGGAUGGAUGAGAUGAAGGUGCUUCUGCUGUCUCAAGACUAUGGCAAGCAUUUGUUAGGAGUUGAGGACCUGUUACAGAAACAUGCUCUUGUGGAAGCUGACAUUGCUAUUCAGGCUGAGAGAGUGAGAGGGGUCAAUGCAUCUGCUCAGAAAUUUGCCACCGAUGGAGAAGGUUACAAACCGUGUGACCCACAGGUUAUCAGGGACCGCGUCGCUCACAUGGAGUUUUGCUACCAAGAGCUGUGCCAGCUCGCAGCUGAGCGCCGGGCCCGCUUGGAGGAGUCCCGGCGCCUCUGGAAAUUCUUCUGGGAAAUGGCUGAAGAAGAGGGUUGGAUCAGGGAGAAGGAACAGAUCCUGUCAUCUGAUGACUAUGGGAAGGACCUAACCAGUGUUGUCCGUCUCUUCAGUAAACAUAAGGCAUUUGAAGACGAAAUGAGUGGUCGUAGUGGCCACUUUCAGCAGGCAAUAAAAGAAGGUGAAGACAUGAUUGUGGAGGAGCAUUUUGGGUCUGAGAAAAUCAGAGAAAGAAUUAAGGAUAUCCGGGAGCAGUGGGCUAACUUGGAACAGUUAUCUGCUAUUAGAAAGAAGCGCCUGGAGGAAGCUUCUCUCCUUCACCAGUUCCAGGCUGAUGCUGAUGACAUUGAUGCAUGGAUGUUGGACAUCCUCAAAAUUGUCUCCAGUAAUGAUGUUGGCCACGAUGAAUAUUCCACUCAGUCCUUGGUCAAAAAACAUAAAGAUGUGGCAGAAGAGAUCGCAAGCUACCGGCCAACCAUUGACACACUUCAUGAACAAGCGAAGGCUCUACCACAGGAACACGCCAGCUCUCCAGAUGUGCAAGGCAGGUUGUCCGGAAUAGAGGAGAGGUACAAGGAGGUUGCUGAGCUGACUCGGCUGCGUAAACAGGCCUUGCAGGAUACCCUUGCUCUUUAUAAGAUGUUUAGUGAGGCAGAUGCUUGUGAGCUUUGGAUUGAUGAAAAGGAGAAGUGGCUGAAUAAUAUGCAGAUUCCAGAGAAGCUGGAGGACCUGGAAGUGAUCCAGCACAGAUUUGAAAGUUUAGAACCAGAAAUGAACAAUCAGGCAUCCCGUGUGGCAGUAGUGAACCAAAUUGCUAGACAGCUGAUGCACAGUGGCCAUCCAAGUGAGAAGGAAAUCAAAGCACAACAAGAUAAACUCAACACAAGAUGGAGUCAGUUCAGAGAGCUGGUAGACAGGAAGAAGGAUGCUCUGCUCUCCGCACUGAGUAUCCAGAACUACCAUCUUGAAUGUAAUGAAACCAAAUCCUGGAUCAGGGAAAAGACUAAAGUGAUUGAAUCCACACAAGAUCUGGGCAAUGAUCUAGCUGGGGUGAUGGCCCUGCAGAGGAAGCUGACAGGCAUGGAACGUGACCUGGUAGCCAUUGAGGCCAAGCUAAGCGACCUGCAAAAAGAGGCAGAAAAGCUGGAAUCAGAGCAUCCUGACCAGGCACAAGCCAUCCUUUCACGGCUUGCAGAAAUCAAUGAUGUAUGGGAAGAAAUGAAGACCACCCUGAAGAACAGGGAAGAGUCCCUUGGAGAGGCAAGCAAACUGCAGCAGUUCCUGAGAGAUCUGGAUGACUUCCAGUCUUGGCUAUCUAGAACACAGACUGCAAUUGCAUCUGAAGAUAUGCCAAACACCUUGACAGAGGCUGAGAAGCUGCUCACGCAGCAUGAGAAUAUUAAAAAUGAAAUCAACAAUUAUGAGGAAGAUUAUCAGAAAAUGAGAGACAUGGGUGAGAUGGUGACACAAGGGCAAACCGACGCUCAGUACAUGUUCUUACGCCAGCGCCUACAAGCUUUGGACACUGGAUGGAAUGAGCUGCACAAAAUGUGGGAGAACAGGCAAAAUCUUCUUUCUCAGUCUCAUGCCUACCAGCUCUUUCUCAGAGAUACUAAGCAAGCAGAAGCAUUUCUUAAUAACCAGGAGUAUGUUUUGGCGCACACGGAAAUGCCCACUACCUUGGAAGGAGCAGAAGCUGCUAUUAAGAAACAGGAAGAUUUCAUGACCACAAUGGAUGCCAAUGAAGAAAAGAUCAAUGCAGUGGUAGAGACUGGCAGGAGGCUAGUUAGUGAUGGGAACAUAAACUCUGACAAAAUCCAGGAGAAAGUGGACUCUAUUGAUGACAGACAUAGGAAGAACCGUGAAGCAGCCAGUGAACUUCUGAUGAGACUGAAAGAUAACAGGGAUCUUCAAAAGUUCCUUCAGGAUUGUCAAGAGCUCUCACUCUGGAUCAACGAGAAGAUGCUCACAGCCCAAGAUAUGUCCUAUGAUGAGGCAAGGAACCUCCACAGCAAAUGGCUGAAGCACCAGGCAUUUAUGGCAGAACUUGCAUCCAACAAAGAAUGGCUGGAGAAGAUUGAAAAGGAGGGAAUGCAGCUUAUUGCAGAGAAACCUGAGACUGAAGCUGUAGUGAAAGAAAAGCUGACUGGUCUCCAUCAGAUGUGGGAAGAGCUUGAAUCCACUACUCAGACCAAGGCUCAGCGUCUCUUUGAUGCAAACAAGGCAGAGCUUUUCACCCAGAGCUGUGCUGAUUUGGAUAAGUGGCUGAAUGGGUUGGAGAGUCAAAUUCAGUCAGAUGACUAUGGAAAAGAUCUCACCAGUGUCAACAUCCUAUUGAAGAAGCAGCAGAUGCUAGAGAACCAAAUGGAUGUUCGUAAAAAGGAGAUAGAGGAGCUGCAAAGCCAGGCAAGGGCUUUAAGUCAAGAAGGGAAGAGUACAGAUGAAGUAGAUGGCAAACGCCUUACUGUGGAAAAGAAAUUCUUGGAGUUGUUGGAGCCUCUGAAUGAAAGAAAGGCAAACCUGCUGGCCUCCAAAGAGAUCCACCAGUUCAACCGGGAUGUGGAAGAUGAAAUUUUGUGGGUUGGAGAGAGGAUGCCUAUAGCUACUUCUACUGAUCAUGGACACAAUCUUCAAACCGUGCAGCUACUAAUUAAGAAAAAUCAGACUCUUCAGAAAGAAAUCCAGGGACAUCAGCCUCGUAUCGAUGACAUUUUUGAGAGGAGUCAGAACAUUAUCACAGAGAGCAGCCCUAAUGCUGAAGCAAUUCAGCAGAGACUUGCAGACUUGCAGCAGCUGUGGAACCUUCUCAUCGAGGAGACAGAGAAACGCCACAAGCGCCUAGAGGAGUCGCACAGAGCACAGCAGUAUUACUUUGAUGCUGCUGAGGCUGAGGCCUGGAUGAGUGAGCAGGAACUCUACAUGAUGUCAGAAGAGAAAGCCAAGGAUGAACAGAGUGCAGUGUCCAUGCUGAAGAAACACCAGAUUUUGGAACAAGCUGUAGAAGACUAUGCUGAAACUGUGCACCAGCUUUCAAAGACCAGCAGAACUUUGGUGGCAGAUAAUCACCCAGAAAGUGAGCGUAUCAGCAUGCGCCAGUCCAAAGUGGAUAAGCUGUAUGCAGGCCUGAAGGAUCUAGCUGAAGAGAGGCGGGGCAAGCUGGAUGAGAGACACAGACUCUUCCAGCUUAACCGUGAGGUGGAUGACCUGGAGCAGUGGAUCGCUGAACGGGAGGUAGUGGCAGGAUCCCACGAGCUGGGGCAGGAUUACGAGCAUGUCACAAUGCUGCAGGAGCGAUUCCGAGAAUUUGCCCGUGACACUGGAAACAUUGGACAGGAGCGUGUUGAUACUGUUAACCACAUGGCAGAUGAGCUCAUCAACUCUGGACAUUCAGAUGCUGCAACAAUUGCAGAGUGGAAGGACGGACUCAAUGAGGCCUGGGCUGAUCUUCUGGAGCUCAUUGACACAAGAACACAAAUUUUAGCAGCCUCUUAUGAACUGCACAAAUUUUACCAUGAUGCCAAGGAGAUCUUAGGGCGUAUUCAAGACAAACAUAAGAAACUACCUGAAGAGCUUGGUAGAGACCAAAACACAGUGGAAACACUACAGAGAAUGCACACAACAUUUGAGCAUGAUAUCCAGGCACUUGGCACCCAGGUGAGACAGCUGCAGGAAGAUGCUGCACGCCUUCAGGCUGCCUAUGCUGGAGACAAAGCUGAUGACAUCCAGAAGAGGGAAAACGAGGUCCUAGAAGCAUGGAAGGCACUGUUGGAUGCCUGUGAGGGCCGCAGGGUUAGACUGGUGGAUACAGGAGAUAAAUUCCGUUUCUUCAGCAUGGUUCGUGAUCUCAUGCUUUGGAUGGAAGACGUUAUCCGGCAGAUAGAGGCCCAGGAAAAGCCAAGGGAUGUUUCAUCUGUGGAACUACUAAUGAACAAUCACCAGGGUAUCAAAGCAGAAAUCGAUGCCCGGAAUGACAGCUUUACUACCUGCAUUGAGCUCGGCAAAUCUCUUCUGGCAAGAAAACACUAUGCAUCAGAGGAGAUAAAGGAGAAGCUGCUGCAGCUGACAGAAAAGAGAAAAGAAAUGAUUGACAAAUGGGAAGACCGGUGGGAGUGGCUGAGACUGAUUUUGGAGGUGCACCAGUUUUCAAGAGAUGCAAGUGUGGCUGAGGCCUGGCUGCUGGGACAGGAGCCCUACCUAUCCAGUCGUGAAAUAGGUCAAAGUGUUGAUGAAGUGGAAAAACUUAUUAAGCGGCAUGAAGCAUUUGAAAAAUCUGCAGCUACUUGGGAUGAGAGAUUUGCAGCACUGGAAAGACUGACCACGUUGGAACUGCUGGAAGUACGUCGACAACAGGAGGAAGAAGAGAGGAAGAGACAGCCGCCCACUCCAGAGCCCAGCCCAAAAGUUGCAGAGGAUGCAGGCUCCCAGCAGCAGUGGGAUGGGACAAAAGGAGAGCAGGUUUCCCAAAAUGGUUUGCCAUCAGACCAGGAAUCUCCACGGGUGGCAGAAACUGCAGAAACAAAUGAAAUGGUCAAUGGAGCUGCAGAGCAGAGGACGAGUUCUAAAGAGUCUAGUCCAGUUCCUUCUCCAACAUCAGACCGCAAAGCCAAGAUGGCCAUUCAGGCCCAGACUGCUGCUACUCUACCAGCCAAAACACAAGAGAUUCCUUCAGCUCAGAUGGAGGGCUUCCUGCAUCGCAAACAUGAGUGGGAAACACACAGCAAGAAAGCGUCAAGCAGAUCAUGGCAUAACGUGUACUGUGUCAUAAACAACCAAGAGAUGGGUUUCUACAAGGAUUCAAAAGCUGCUGCUUCUGGCAUCCCUUACCACAAUGAGAUUCCUGUCAGCUUAAAAGAAGCAGUCUGUGAAGUAGCAGUCGAUUAUAAAAAGAAAAAGCAUGUGUUCAAGCUAAGAUUGACUGAUGGCAAUGAAUACCUCUUCCAAGCCAAAGAUGAUGAGGAGAUGAACACGUGGAUUCAGGCCAUCACAUCAGCUAUCUCUUCUGAUAAAAUUGAAGUGUCCCCGACCACCCAGAGCACUCCAGCCUCCAGUCGUGCCCAGACCCUGCCUGCCAGCGUCACAAUAACCAGCGAGUCCAGCCCCGGCAAGCGGGAGAAAGACAAAGAGAAAGACAAAGAGAAAAGAUUCAGCCUUUUUGGUAAAAAGAAGUGAACUCCAUCUCCACACACUGCACUUCUCUGACCGUUCCAGUGGAAUUCCAGCAUGCGAGCUCAGAACCAAUACGUUACUCUCUGUGCCUCAUGUUCCUCAAUGUGAUUGACAUUUUUUUAUUUAUAGAACGUUUUAAAAUAAAAAGCCAACAAAAAAUAAUCUAAAGUUACAAAUGUAUGAGGUGCAUUGGGCAGCUUCUGUAGGAGGAGGACCAGGUUUGAAGGGUUUGUUGGGUUUGGGUUUUGGUUUUGUUUCUUUU